AUCAUGAAUUUAUCACAUUAUGAACUUCUUGAAAUUCCCGAAACAGCAACACAGGAAGAAAUAAAACAACAAUAUCAAAAAUUACUACUUCUUCAUCAUCCAGAUAAAUCUCAACAUUCUUUAACAAAUAAUUCUGAAGAUACGAAGAAAGACGGAAAAAUAAAUCAGAUUAUUGAAGCAUGGAAAAUUUUAAAAGAUCCAGAAUUACGAAAAAUCUAUGAUAACAAACUAAAAGCAACCAAACUUAAACACGAUGGAUUAUUUAAUUCAGAAAUCGACUUAGAUGAUAUGGAAUAUGAUCAAGAGACAAAUUCCUAUUCAAUACGAUGUCGUUGCAGUGGUUUAUACAUUAUUACCGAGGAAAAUUUGGACCAAGGUGCAGAUAUAGUUGGGUGUACGGAUUGUUCAUUGAGAAUUCAUGUGUUGUACGAAACUAUUUCGGAAGACUAA